GUCGUCCUCUUGAACAUGUCCGAGUCAAGUAAAUACAUCCUUCAGACCGUGGGCUUUGACGCCCGCUUCCCCAAUACCAACCAGACCAGGAACUGUUUCCAGAACUACACAGACUACUUCAAAUGCAUAACCGCUAAGGGGGAAGAUUACGCCCCUUGCAAACAAUUCAAAAAGGCCUACAAUUCACUUUGCCCCAAUGAAUGGAUUUCCAAGUUCGACGACCAACGCGAAAAUGGCACUUUCCCUGCGUCGCUGGAGCCUUAGAUAGAGUAGAAAUGCAUAAUAGA